UGAAAGAGAUAGGCAAGUGAAGAGAGCACCAGUGCACAGCCUAAUUUUCCAGUAGACUUCCAUGACCUCUGCUGUGGUGUGGACACUGUAACAGAUCUACUCAUCUGCUAAACAACCUAAUACAUCAUCUGCUGGAGAUGGAGAAUUCACCUGAGCAGUCUCGAUGGGUUUCCCCCAACCUGGUUAGUCCUGACCCAUUAGCAAGUUACACCACAGAACCCGGACUGCUGCCACCCGGUGAAGACGAUGAGCCUUUCUACACAAACUCAGAGACUGACUUAAUUUCGUCAUAUUAUUCCACCAGCGGCCAGAACCGAGCCUCGUCGUCCUAUAGACACAGCCCAGUUCGCCAGGUCUACUCUUCUCCAUCAGUUCUGGGAAACAUCCCGUGGCUGGACAAUACUGCAGGUCACUCUCUGAAUUCUACCUACAACCCCACAUCUACUGUCUGGACAAGUAGCCCUUUCUCAAAGACCCCUCUUCACCCCCACACCUCCCCAUCCAUGUACCCUAGCAGCACCACCUCCUCUUUCACCACUCCCAAAGAGGGUUUCACCUCACCGAGUUAUGACGGGAAGGACAGUCCCAGACUCCAGGAAGUCCUGAAAGCUGAGAGAUUGAGUCCCAUGGGGGGUGGGAGCAGCUUUCUCAAUCUGACCUCACCUGCCGGGGGAGUGUACGGUCCUUCUCCGCACAUGCUAGGUCCUUAUGGAUCAUAUAUGGCCACAUCGCAAGACUACACUUCAGCUGCACUCUAUUCUACUGCGGGACCCUGGAUGAACCCAUCCUACUCACCCAAACUUUGCAACAAGAUGAGACUAUCACCACCAGAGGCACGUGAAUGUGUCAACUGUGGAGCAACUGCCACCCCUCUAUGGCGUCGAGAUGGAACAGGCCACUACCUCUGCAACGCUUGCGGACUGUACCAUAAGAUGAAAGGCCAGAACAGACCACUCAUCAGACCAAAAAAGAGACUGAUUGUAAGCAAGCGUGCUGGAACACAGUGUGCCAACUGCCACACAAGCACUACAACACUAUGGAGACGCAAUGCCAACGGUGAGCCUGUGUGUAACGCCUGUGGCCUUUACUUUAAACUGCACAAUGUCAACAGGCCUUUAACUAUGAAAAAGGAUGGAAUACAGACACGCAAUCGCAAGGUGUCUAACAGAAACAAGAAGGGGAAAAAAGGUGGAGCUCCGGAGGUUUACCCUGCUAUGACACACAUUGCCCCUCAUAAUGAGCAUGGAGGACCCUACUCUUUAAACCCCGGAUCCCUUCUGUCCUACAGCCACACCCCUCACUUACUACCCCCCUCCAACCUCCACUCCUCCCCGAGUCUGUCUUACACCCACCACCCAAACACUGGCAUGGUGCCCACAUUACUGUGAGGGAAACUUCAACUGGACCGUAAGGAGGCAUGUACAUUACAUUGUACAUAAAGCUUGCGUAAACGCGUGUUUUGUGACUACCUUUCACAUUUUUAAAUGAAGAGAGAAUGUGGUCCACAAUAGCAGUCUAUAACAGCUUGUCAGGGAUUUUAAACCUGUAAUGGAGUUUGAAUAGUUCAAAGGGAAAACAUUGAAGCUAAAGACAAAUGUGAAUAUUUAUGAUUGUGAGGCUUAUUGUAUUUGUAUUCUGAGACAUUAAAUAAAUGUGAAUGAAUGCAAAAAAUGCAUUGAUAAAAUAAUACGAUACAGUUUCCCAACCCUGUUUUGGAAUCAGUUAUGUGAUAUAUAACAUCACACAAACAAUGUUCGGUUCAUGCACAAAGGUCCACUAAACGGUAACCUCUUUCAGCGUUGUAAUGGUAUUUAAAUUUUCAGAACCGUUUCAGACCUUGUGGUUUACAGCACACUACUUGAGGUCACGUUGGUUAUAGAAUAAUAGUGUCAUUGUCCAUUCAUUCUCUCUGCAGAGACUUUGACAAUUGAUCUGCGUUUGAAGCAUGAACAUGCAAAUUAAACACUUUCCAUAAAGCGAGCAGAGUUCGACAAAACACUUAACCAAAGUUCAAUAUGUGCCUAAAUUUAACUCACACGGAAAAACUGUUAUAUCUGUGUACAUAACACAGACACACCCCAUGCUCGGAUGCUGGCAAAAUAGCUGCACCUGCACUAAACGUCUCCCGCAGACAACAUAACAACGAGGUGCUGAAUAACUAUGAGUCUAUAAAAAGGUAUCAAAGAUUUUUGUGAAAUUGCUCUAACUUGUGUCUAGUCAUUGCACUGAAUGCAGCAGAAGUGUCACCACCUAAAAGUGCUUUAGCGGUUUCAUUUUUGCAAGCUUAAGGUGUUAGAACAAUUUAGUUUAGAAUGCUGUGAAAGUUAUGUUAUCAUGCUGACAACAUUUUCAACAAUGAUUCCUCCCACAUUUGUCUCACAUAAAUAAAAAUGUAUUUCAACAGCUGCAAUUUCUGUUCCCCAGGAAGGCCUUGAAAUAAAUAGUAUGGAGGUCUUCCAGAAAUACAUUGUUAUUUGCAUGUUUGUAUAUUCUGGCCAAAUAUCCUUGCAUGAUUGAUCAUAAGUCAUGUGCAAGAGUGAAGAACAGAUGAAUUCUCACAAACACCAUGAACAUCUGGGGACACCACCUACAGUAAUCCUACCUGCUGGCGUGCAACUGGCACAUUGUAUUUUAAAGUCACAG